UUGUACACGUGUACGAAAAUCAAAAGUAAGAGUUCUGACCGGGAGUUCUGACAACUCAGCUAGUUUUCAAGAGGAAGUUCACCAUCCCUUAGUAGCUGAAGUUAGAUUGUUUUAAAUUCAAGUUCACAAGAUAAAUCUUCAAGAUGCUGAAGAUUGUAGGAUCCAUCCUCCUGCUGAGCCUCGUCGGUCUUUUGACCGUCAGGUGCUCGGACCUCUACACUGCCAUGUCGGACCUGGAGGGCAUCUUUAAGACGGAGGGAAGGAUGAUCAAGGCCGUUGAGGAGUACCUUCGACAGGAGAGAGACAGACUUGAAAAGAUUGAGACCAAAUUGGCAAACCUGAGGCGUCUGAACCAGGAGGGGCAAGAAGACGUGGAUGCUUAUCUGAGCCACCCUUUCAAUGCGUUCCUGCUCACCAAGAGGUUUUUGUGGGAGUGGGUCGACCUUGAAAACUGGAUCAAGAUCAGUAUGCCUUCGAGAGAAUACAUCUUCAAUACCACUGGUCUACGGAGUAAAGGACCUCAACAAAGCGAUUUAGACGGAGCUGCGGAGGCUCUGUGGCGUCUGCAGGACACCUAUAAAUUUACACCUGCUGAGUUGGUGGAGGGAGCCAAGACGGAGGAUGCUCUCAAAGCUCAUCAUUGCUUUGAAGUAGGCCGCCUUGCCUAUCAUGUCGCCAACGAUAAAUACCAUGCCAUUCCCUGGAUGGAGGAAGCCCAUAGACUGCUCAACAAUGAGACGAUGGAAGGAGACUUCUUCACGAUGAACGAGACAGAGAUCUUGGACCAUCUCGCUUUCGCAAGCUUCUCUGAGGAGAGGUUAGAUGAUGCUAUUGCAUUCACAAAUAAGCUGAUUGCACUAGUCCCUGACUCUAUACGUUACACUGACAAUAAAGCCUACUACCAGUACCUACUCGACAAGAAAUACAGACCGCGGGGAGAAACGGGAGACCUUAAAAAAUUGUCUUUAGAUGACGUUGAGGAGGAGGAGGAGGAGGAGGAGAUAGCAGAAGAGGAUAUGGAUGAGGACGAUCUAAGGAAAGUUCACCCCGAUAUUCGUCAGUAUAGAGCUCUGUGUAGAGGAGACGAAGGAGUUGUCAAGUCCAUGCCAAAGCCGGCUCUCCGGACAUGUAGCUACCAGCAUUACGACCAGCCCCAGCUGAUACUGCAACCGGCGAAAGAAGAGAUAGCGUUCGUCAAACCGAGAAUCGUCGUCUAUCACGACAUCCUCAGCAACGAGGAGAUCGCGGCCCUCAAGGACAUUGCCAAACCUAGGAACUCGACGUCAGGCCAUCUCGAGCAAACAAAGUUUAGAAUCAGCAAGUGCGGUUGGGUGCAACACGAUGAGGCUGAGGUCAUCAGACGGCUCUAUCGCAGGGUCGGGGCAUACACCGGACUCUCAAUGAACGCUACUGAGUUUCUACAGAUAGCCAAUUAUGGAUUAGGAGGUCAUUAUUUGCCUCAUUUUGACUUUACAAGGGAUGUCGCAACACACAAAAAUGGCAACCGAAUAGCAUCCAUGUUAUUCUAUUUGAGUGAUGUUGCAAAAGGAGGAGAUACUGUGUUUAUAGAUGCUGGAGCAAAGAUAAAACCAGAGAAGGGGUCUGCAAUAUUUUGGUAUAACCUUUUCAAGAACGGCAAGGUGGAUGAGAGAACUAAACAUGCAUCCUGUCCAGUAAUAUCCGGUUCUAAAUGGGUUGCUAAUAUGUGGAUGCACGAGCAUGGUCAGGAGUUCAGACGGCCAUGUUCGACUGGGAAGAGUGAGUGAUAACUUGUGAUAUCUUCGGCUUCCCUUCCAGUCAUCUUGCGAAGCCGUACUUGCCAAAUUUACCAGCCAUUUCUUCUAAUACGCACAAAGACGCAAACCGUCAACUGGAAACUUUCCUGAUAUGAAACUU